AACCAGUGGCUAAAGACUAAAGACAUUUAAAACGCUGGCUUUAAAAUAAAGACAUAAGAUGUUAGUGGCUAUCUGUGCACAUCGCCCUAAUUCGUGGCUACCUGUGCACUUCGGCCCAAAAAGUGUGGUAGUGGCCCAAGUCCAUUUAAUAACAAUUCCGAUAUCCAAAAAUCUGAUCUUCUUGCCCCCGUCCCCCCUCGAUAACCUCACCAUUCUUCUGCAAAUCUCUGAUCAAUCCGUCACCGGAUUUCGAAAAUGCUGAGGAAUGUCGCCGGAAGAAUCCUCCGGAUCGGUUCACAAUCAUCGCCGGUGACGUCGGCGGUGCAGCGGCGACUAUAUCACGAGAGAGUGGUGGACCAUUACAAUAAUCCCCGAAACGUGGGGUCAUUUGACAAGAAUGAUCCUACAGUUGGCACGGGUCUAGUCGGUGCACCUGCUUGUGGAGACGUGAUGAAGCUGCAAAUCAAAGUCGACGAAGAGACCGGAAAAAUUACCGAUGCUUGCUUUAAGACCUUUGGAUGUGGCUCCGCUAUUGCUUCUUCUUCCGUAGCCACUGAAUGGGUGAAAGGGAAACAAAUGGUGGAAGUACUCUCCAUAAAGAAUACCUUUUUUACCUGGAAUAAUGAGGAUGUGGAAUACCACAACAACAAUUACUAUGCCUCAGCCCCAAACAAUGUUGGGGUUAUAUUUCUGAAUAGUUGGAGAUUGUACAAGCUUCUUGUUUUCAUGUUUCUCUCCUUUAUUUGUCGCGUUAUUCUAAAAACUGAAGAAGGAUUGCGUAUAGGAAAAGUGUUGCUUAAACUAUCUUCCUUGAAGGAUCUAGGACAUUCAAGUCGGAGGAGAGGAGGCCUGCGAGGCCUUUGCAUUGUGUGUUUUUCCAAUUUGUAUGACAAUCUGGCAUAUGUUAAUGAGCAUCUUAAUCUCGAGACUUGUUUAUUCCUUAUUGAAGGUGGGAGGAGUAGUUCCUCAUUCCGAGAAGAGAUAGUUCUGUACUACCGGGAGAUAGCGAAACAUCUUUCUCUUCCACCUGUUAAACUGCACUGCAGUAUGCUUGCUGAGGAUGCAAUAAAGGCAGCUGUGAAAGACUAUGCAGCAAAGCGGGCAAAAUUGAGUGAUAAUGCUAAUGAUUCUCAGAUGGGAAAAGCAGCUGAUGCUUGAAUACUUGUUGCAAGAAAUGAAGUGGUUUCAAGAAAGGAAUUUGAGGAGAACCUAGAAUGCUUGUGUAUGUAAUAUUCUUUCGGUUUUUCAUAAAUGUAAAGUUGACUGUUUGAAGUUUUGUUUUGUAAUCUGUUUGGAUAAAGCUGUGACCUCACUUUGUCCAGUUUGAAGUUUUGCUGGAGCAGUUGAAUCACCUGUUUAAACCAGUGGCCUGAGAUGCUACAGUUUGUUGAUAUUAAGUGUUAGUCACCAGAA